CGUUUCAGUGGGAUGGUGCUUUGCAAGCACCUUGAACCUUCAUGGAGUGUCCAGGCUUGUCUGAGCUCCCUAUUCUGGGAAGCUUUCAGUUUUGUUUUGGUGAAAAAUGAAACCAGCCGGGGAUUCCACCUCCCUGGCUGCAUCCAAUGGCUGGGGCUCCUGUAGUCUGUGCGACUGAGGCCAGGGGAACCAGGCUGUGACUGCUGGGGCUAUGGCGUCGGUGCAGGCAUUGGGUGGCCCCUCGCCUGGGCAGAGCUGUGUGCUGAUCCUCAUCAUCGUACUCCUGCAGUCACUCUGCAUGGCUGUGGCCUACAUCUACUUCACCAAUGAGCUCAAGCAGAUGAUUUUGAGAACCUCUGAAGAAAAUGCCACCACAAACCCAGAAAAGCUGCAAAACAGUCAUCUCAUAGAGAGCAGAAGCAAUCUGAAGAGAGUAGCAGCACACAUAACUGGGACCAGAUCCAGAAGAACCACAUUUUCACCUUCAAUCUCCAAGGAUGAAAAGACUUUUGGUCAGAAAAUAAACUCAUGGGAGUCAUCAAGAAAGGGGCACUCGUUCCUGAGCAAUGUACACUUAAGGAAUGGAGAGCUGGUCAUCCACGCAGCAGGACUCUACUACAUCUAUUCCCAAACAUACUUUCGAUUUCAAGAACCUGAGGACAGAUUGGGAAAGGCUUCAGCAAGAGAGAGCCAACAGAAAAACAAACAAAUGGUGCAAUAUAUUUACAAAUCCACCAACUACCCUGAACCCAUCUUGCUGAUGAAAAGUGCACGGAACAGCUGUUGGUCUAAAGACUCGGAAUACGGGCUCUACUCCAUUUAUCAAGGGGGUGUAUUCGAGCUUAAGGAAAACGACAAGAUUUUUGUCUCUGUAACAAACCAGCAGUUGAUUGACAUGGAUGAGGAAGCAAGCUUUUUCGGAGUCUUUUUAAUAGACUAACAGGCAAAACCAGCACUUUCACAGCGAUCUUUCAGUUUUCAGGGUGAUAAACUGUAAGCCUAUCCCAAUGUGCACCUUUCCAUGUUGAUGAGGAGACACCAGCUGAACCCAAAAGCACAGCAAAGCCUCCGAAAGACCUGCCAUGGCUCUUCCUGCUGAGUCCACCAGCAGAAGUGUGGGAGACAUGGUUUCCCAGUUCUGAGUCCCAACACUUAUUGCUUUUGCUAUCCAUUCUUGGGAUGAUUCCAGGAGGAUUAACAACCAUUCCUUCCAUUGCUGCUCACAUUGGUAUCAUCUAGCUUGCUGCGGAAGGCAACAGGAGAAAAGGAUACUUCACUAACAAUGUUUGUAAAUUACUAUAAGUUUUUUUUUAAAAAAAAAAAAAAAAGGAAAAAGAUAUAGACCCACUAAAAGAUUAAGGCUCUGGGGGCUUCUCUGUUAUUCAUACAGAUAAUGUGCAAAGUGUUUUUGCAUUGUCCCAAAGCUUGAAGGAAAUGUCUCAUACAUUUGGACUUGGGAAUAGGAAAACUACUCAGGGGCCUGGCAGUGACACAUCCAAUUAAGCACACAUAUUGCCAAGUGCAAGGACCUGUGUUCAAGCCCCUGUCCCCCAUCUUCAAGAAGAAUUCUUUUCAGGAACAAUGAAGCAGGUCUGCAAAAUGUCUGUCUCUCUCUAUCUCCUCAUCCCCUCUCAAUUUCUCUCUGUCUUAUCCAAUAAAAUAUAUAGAAGAAAAGAAGAGAAGAGAAGAGAAGAGGAGAGGAGAGGAGAGAAGAGGAGAGAAGAGAAGAGGAGAGGAGAGAAAAGGUCACCAGGAGUGGUAUAUUAGUUCUGCAGUCACUGAGCUAGUGAUAACCAUGGGGGCAGGGAGGAGAAAGGGGGGAACAAGCAGAGGGUAGAUAGUGUAAUGGUUAUGCAAAGAGAUUCUCACGCUUGAAGCUCUGGAGCUCAAAGUUCAAUCCUCUGCACCAUUAUAACAUAAGCCAGAGCUGAACAAGGCUCUGGCAAAAAAGAAGAAGGAGAAGGAGGAGGAGGAGAAGAAGGAGGAGAAGAAGAAGAAGAAUCCUUUACUCCACAUGGCACCAGAUAAAGAAUCUGAAAAGCUCUGUCGUGUGAACAAGGGAUAGCCUUUCUUUCACAGUGAUUCGUGCUUUACACAGAAAGUCAAAGAUGCCAAUGUCAUCAAAGAUAUAUUUGGUAAAAGGCUUUAUAAUAAACAGCUAAUCAGAAAGGAACAGAGAAGAUGGUAUCACAGGGGUGUCAUUUAAAAAGAGCCGGGCGGUAGCACAGCAGGUUAAGCACACAUGGCGCAAAGCGAAAGGACCGGUUUAAGGAUCCCGGUUCGAGCCCCCGACUCCCCACCUCAGGGGAGUCGCUUCACAGACAGUGAAGCAGGUCUUCAGGUGUCUCCAUUUCUCUCUGUCCUAUCCAACCACGAUGACAUCAAUAACUACAACAACAAUAAAAAACAAGGGCAACACUGUAGGAAGAAGGGAGCUUCAGUGCUGACUUCUCUAUCUACCUGUUUCUAUCAAGAAAGGACAAGGAUGGGGGCUGGGUGGUGGCACACCUGGUUAAGCACAAGGAUCCCAGCAAAGAUCCAGGGUUGAGCUCCCACUCUGCUCCCUACCUGUGGGGGCUGGGGGGGGGGGGGGGAGACAAGGGCCUCUUUACAAGUGCUGAAGCAUAUUUGUAGGUGUCUGCCUUUCUGUCUAUAUAACUCUUCCUGCUCUCUCAGUUUCUCUCUGUCCUAGCCAAUAAAAAUAAAUGGGAAAAUGGCUGCCAGGAGCAGCUGAUUUGUAGUGCUAGUACUGAGCCCCGGUGAAAACUCUGGAGAAAAAAAAAAAGGACAAGAAGGGGAAGAAAAGAGCAAAAUACUGGGAUCCCCCUGAUGUCACUAGCAUCUAGCUCCACCCUCCCCAGUGUCCAUUUGCAGUAUAAGCUUGUUUAACAUCACAGCAUGGAUAUGCCCCCCCAAACCACAAGACUUUUAAUUUUACUUUUAAACUAAGCAGGGGAAGAAAAAUGAUUAAGUAGAGUAAUUAUCUGAUUCUCUCUGUUAUGUCUACUCACAACUGAAUUUAUCUUCUUUGAUUGGCGAAAUAUACAUUUAAAUGUGUUUGAUAAUUUAUAAUGUUUGAUUGUAUGCUCAAACAUUCAUGUAAAUAUGCUCCUAUGAAUUAGAUCUUCUUCAAAAACUCCAUAUUUAGAGAUGGCACACCUGGUUAAGCGCACACACUACAUUGCGCAAGGACCUAGGCUCAAGCCCCUGGUCAACACUUGCAGAGGGAAAGCUUCACAACGGUGAAGCAGUGAUGCAGGUAUCUGUAUUUCUCCCUCUCUACCAUCUCUUAACCUCUCAAUUUCUCUCUGUCUCUAUCCAAUAAUAAAUACAUAAAAUUUUACAUACUCCACAUUUAAAUUUACAGCACACAAUGAACACAUUUGAGACUCCUUUCUCUGUGUCUUCCAUAACACUAAUUAAGUUUUUUAUAUUCUAUCAAGUUGACUUGUUUUUCUGGUUUUUGGUCUUGUGUUGUAAAACAUGGAACUCAGGUAUGAGAGAAUUAUUUUUAAAUCUUUUUUUUUUUUAACCAAAAUGUAAUGCCUGUUACUUUUUCAAUAAAAUUAUCAUGUGAAAUUAUAACUUUUCAGAAAUGAUAGCAAAAACAAAUGUUGGAGAGGUUGUGAGGGCAAAGGAACCCUCCUGCUCUGCUGGUGGGAAUGUAAAUUGGUCCAACCUCUGUGGGAAAGUAGUCUGGAGAACUCUCAGAAGACUAGAAGUGGACCUACCCUAUGACUCUAUAAUUCCUUUCCUGAUGAUAUAUCCUAAGGAACCAAACACACUCAUACAAAAAGAUGUGUAUGCCUAUGUUGAUAGCAGCACAAUUUGUAAUAGCCAAAACCUGGGAGCAACCUAAGUGUCCAAUUAUAGAUGAGUGGAGGAGUAAGUUGUAGCAUAGAUCCACAAUGGAAUACUACUCAGGUAUUAAAAAUGAUGAAUUCAUCUUAUUUAACUCAUCUUGGAUGGAGCUUGAAGGAAUCAUGUUUAGUGAGAUAAGUCAGAAAGAGAAGGGUGAAUAUGGAGUGGUCUUACUCAUGGACAGAAGUUGAGGAAUAAGAGCAGAAGGUGAAACACAAAGCAGAACUUGGACUGGAUUUGGUGUAUUGCACCAAAGUAAAGGACUCUGGGGUGGGAAGGGAGUUCAGGUCCUGGAACAUGAUGGCAGAGGAGAGCCUGGAGGGAGGGUGAGGUUGCUGUGGAAAGCUGAGAAAUGUUACACACAUACCAUCUACUGUAUUUUAUUGUUGACUGUAAACCAUUAAUUUCACCAAUAAAGAAAAAAAUCAGUCAAGAAUAAUAAUAAAGAGGGCCAGGUGGUGUCACACCUGGUUGAGCACACAUGUAGCAGUGUACAAGGACACGGGUUCAAGCCUGCAGUCCACACCUGCAGGGGGAAAGCUUCGCAAGUGGUGAAGCAGGGCUGCAGAUGGCUCUCUGUCUCUCUCCCUUUCUUUCUCCCCUUUCCUCUCGAUUUCUGGCUGUCUCUAUCCAAUCAAUAAAGAUAAUAAUUUUUAAAGAAUAAUAAUAAUUAUAUGAUUUUCACUUAUCUAGUACAAUUAGCUUAUAGCGCACCAUGAUAACUGAAAAUGGGGGGAAAAGGCUCAUCUUUUGUUUGUGAUCAACUAAAUUAUUGAACGUGAGCAAAUAUGUUAGUCUUUUCCUCUGUGGUUGAAUCUGACUUCCCUUUCGAAAUAUAUAAAAGGCGACAUCAAUAAUAACAACAACAAUAAAACAAUAAGGACAACAAAAGAGAAUAAAUAAACACAUAUAAAAUUUAAAAUAUAUAUAUAUAUAUAUGGUUUGUUUGCUGUGUGAGAUUUAAGUUCAUCCUUAAGGUUUAUCCAUGUUGAAGCACAUUUCAGAAUUACAUUCUUUUUUUAAUUAAAAAAAUUUAUUACUCUUAUUUUUAUUGCCACCAGGAUUAUCACUGGGGCUCAGAGCCUGCACUAAAAUGUCAUGAUUAGCAAGUACUUUUUUUUUUUUUAAUUUUCCUUUAGUUUGUGAUUAGAAAAAGAAAAUUGCUUUCCCUCUUCUGUGGUGCUGAGUUCCACAGACUAACGCAAGUGCAAGUGCUUCACAAGAUUAAUGGCUCCUUUCACCUGGAGAAGAACUUUCCAGGGGCUGGGGGAGACAGCAUCACGAUUCUAAAAAAAAAGCUUUCCUGCCUGAAGUUCCAAGGUAGCCAGGCUCAAUCCCCAGGACAACCAUGAGUCACAACAAAGCAGUUCUCUGCUCUCUCUCUCUCUCUCAUUAAAAUAAAAUAAAAACUAAAUUAUA